GCCGCCGGGAGCCGGAGCGGGAGCCGACGCCGGAGCCCGAGCGGCCGCGGCCCCUUUAAGGAGCCGCUCUGCGGUAACCCGAGCCCGCAGUCCGGCGGGCGCGGCGGGCGCUGCGGGCGCGGCGGUAGCUGGAGCCUCCGUGACGGCUCCUCCAAGCGGCUCGGAGCCCGCGGCUCCCCUGGCUCCCGCUGAGCAUCCGCGGGGCGGCUCUGGCCGGCGCCAGCCCUUGGGCCGGGCCGGAUGAGCAGGCGCCCGUAACCACCCGCCGCCUCUCCCGGCCCGACGCAGCCGUCGCCCGCGCGCGAGUCGCCCCGGGACCCGGCACAGGUGAAGAAAUAUGGAUACCAACACCAAACUGGUCAUCAGCAUGACUUUCACGAGCUUUUUCACCUUUCAGCUUCUUUUCCACUUUAUAAGUUAUUGGUUUUCAGCACAUGUUUCUUCAGGUUUUAAUAGUCUCAGCUCCGGAAAGAAGAUUGAAUGGAACUCAAGGGUAGUAUCUACAUGCCAUUCUUUGGUGGUUGGGAUUUUUGGCCUGUACAUUUUCUUGUUUGAUGAGGCCACUAUCGCUGAUCCACUUUGGGGUGAUCCAUCGCUUGUGAAAGUGAAUAUUGCUAUUGCUUCAGGCUACCUCAUUUCUGAUUUGUUGAUUCUCAUUUUGUAUUGGAAAGUGAUUGGUGACAAAUAUUUUGUAAUUCACCAUUGUGCAGCGCUGUAUGCAUACUUCUUUAUACUGAGGGAUGGAGUCCUGGCGUACGUUGGGAAUUUUCGCCUGCUUGCAGAACUUUCCAGCCCUUUUGUGAAUCAGCGGUGGUUCUUUGAAGCUUUGGAGUAUCCUAAAUUUUCCAAGGCUAAUGUCAUCAAUGGAAUACUCAUGACGGUGGUGUUCUUCAUUGUGCGGAUUGCCCCGAUCCCUCCUUUUUAUAGCUACAUUUAUUCUGUGUUUGGAACAGAAGCCUACGUAAGGCUUGGACUUUUACGGCAAAGUGCCUGGAUCUGUACUUGUGUUGUUUUGGAUGUGAUGAAUGUCAUGUGGAUGAUCAAAAUCUCAAGGGGGUGCAUCAAAGUCGUCUCUCUCAUCAGACAAGAGAAAGCCAAAAGUAGUCUUCAGAAUGGAAAACUUGACUAAAAGUGGGCUAUUGAUAAGCAUACUUCACUACUACCCACAUUAUAUCUACUGAUAGGAUGAAUUCUUGGCAUGUUCUUAUGCUUCUUUAUUAAUUAUACUUGUUAUCCAGGGUUCCAGUGUCUUUUUUUUAAACUUUGGAACAGAGAAACUAAAAUUUUUAGUUUUUAUCCCAAGAUUUGUUUUCUGAUUUUCAUCUGCAUUAUAAGCAUGGAUAAAAUCUUAAAGGUUUAAAUAAAAACUUAUAGUGGUGAAUCUUUUCAGAAAUCUGUUAACCUGCAUUGGUAUUCUCUGUGAAAAGAUGCUUAUGCUAACUUGGUACACUUUGUUUUAUGUGACCAAUUUUGCUGAAAGAUUGGGAACUGCUUUUAAAUCUGUAAAUAGCUCUCAACAUUUUGCUGUACUGCACUCAUUUCUUACUAUGGCUGUCAAUACCUGUUUAGGGUUUAAUUUCUAAAUUGUUGGAAUGUUCUUUUUCUUAGGAUAUUAGAAUGAUGUAGUUUUCAUUUAGCUAUACUGUCAUCUAUUGGAUGAAGUAUUUUAUUUGCUUUGGGAAUAUUUAAUUCAGUCAUAGAAAAUACUUCCUGAAUUUUUACAUUUUUCAGACAUCACUUUAUUAUUUAUAUUUUUAGCACUUUAUCAGAUUAUUGCUUUUUUAUUUUAUGCAAAGCUUAAGACAGAUUUUAUAGAGCUCCUUAAGAGAUGAAUUUCUCCUUCUAAAGAUGCAUGUUAUAGAUGACUAUUUAGGCUAAUAAGAGGAAUCAUUAAGAAAAAAGCUUUAACACUGCUGUCUCUAUCUGCUUCCCUUAUGCUUUUUCCAAGUAUAUUAUUUCUAUUUGCAAAACUUCCCCUAAGUUCAGAACCCAACAUCAUCAGUACCAGUGUCUUCUGCAGUGUGUAUGUAUCAUGCUCAUAAGGUAGGCCUCUUCUUGAUGAGACCAAAACUACAAAAAACACCAGUCAGCGUUCAUAUUUUACUCACAGUUUAUACCCAUGCUUGCUUAGUCAGCACUUUGAGUGCUUUGAAUUUCUGUCUUUCCUAAAGGACAGGAAAAAAAUAGAUGAUUUAAUCCAAGUAUUCUGAUGAUCAGGAUUAUUGUCUUAUAUGACGAUACAUGACUGGUGACUCUGGUUUCCUGUUUGUUUUUGUGUGUGAGUAUAUCCUUGCUUCUGCUUUCGUUCUUGCAACCCCAAUAUAGAAUUAUAUAGUUAGCUAUUGGAGCCUUUAUUUCUUUUUCUCAAGUGCUUGACUUUAUGAUUCUUCUUACCUAAGAAAAAAAGAAAGUUAUUUUAACCAGUGGUGAAUACUUGAAUUUAGUUGAACCCAAACGAAAAGAUCUAAUCCAUUCAGUUUCUCAGUUUGAAGGAGAAUGUUUGACUCUUUUUCAUUGUUUGUGUUAUGAUGAUGAAGGGAGGCUAGCGGGAUAUAGCAAGACUUUUGGUUUUAUUUGAUUUGAUUUGGCUGUCCAAUGCAGAUAGAGAUAGAGCCUGAUAAAUUUUAGAACAUUUAAGGAAGGUAAUUGAAAUCUCAGUCAAUAAGUAAAUGAUAAAAUGAGGCUCAUUGGCUUAUACUUGGUACACUUAUUUUUGAAGGACUUAAAGUAAUGUAAAAUAUAGGUGUUUGUUUUUAAAGCUACCAAUAUUGCAUUGAUGAUUUGUUACAUAAUUUAGUGCCUGCCAGAUCAUAGGCACUUAAGUAUGUAUUGGUUGUAUAGAGGGGGUAGGAAAGCAUGUGGUUUUAUCUUGUUCUCUUCUUGCUCUUUUGCAAGAAAACUGGCUUUUUAAAAGAAAAGCAUUUAUAUUAGAAAACUAUUUUGGAAAUUCAUUCCUUUCAAAAGAAACAAAGCAUAAAAUAAAUAUUUUUGACUCUGAAUAUUUCUAUAGUUUCUGAACAGAGACUUUAAACCUAACAUCAAAAUAAUGACAUUAUAAAGCUAUAAUAUUAGUGAGUUUCCAUAUAGCAGUUUCGGUUUUUCUAGUUGCUAUUUCAUGCUUAAAGUUUAAUUUUUACUUUCAUUGACAGCACCUUUCGUUAGUAUUGCUGCUCAUUAAAUAAGUGCAUUAAAAAUAUCAAUGUUUUGAACUCAAGUUUGCUAUUCCCUUGGUCAGCAAUUCUCAUUUUAUGCUGGCUGUGUGACAGCUAAUUCAGCAUCCAGAUUCAAUAUCCAAAGGUAGAUUCUACAUAUUUCCGCAUACAACAGACAUGAAAUGGAAAAGAGACCACAAACUGCCAACCUACUUCAAGUCAGAUCUUUACAGGAGCUAUACUUUGCUGUUCUGUCAUUGUGUCCACCUACCUAAGAAACAAGUAAAGAGAGAACAUAUCAUUUACUAAACGAUGAAUUUUUCAUUUAAUAAAUGAUAAACUUUUGCGAGACAUUUUACAUAGUAUUUUGACUACGUUGAUUAAUUUAAUGAUUCUAUUAGGCACUCCGAUGUUUAACAACUGUUAAAGUAUUUAUGGAAAAUAAAAGCAAAUUGGUACAAAUUUUUAAGCAGCUCUAUUUUUAUAGAAAAAGAUUAGUGACAACCUGUAACUGUAAAGAUGUUCUUUGAAUGUGUAGUAGAUUAGAAAAUAAAAAUUAUUAAAAAAUUUUGAAAAUGAAUGAAAAUCAACUAGUAUGCAAGAACAUAGAUUCUGCAUUAGAUAUUUUAUUUGGAAGAAUUUAAAAAUUAUGAGCUUGAAUUUAUAGAGUUUGCAUUCUUGUGUCUAAAAUCUUUUUAAUAUGUAUUAUUUGCAUUUGUUUAAACCUCAACAUGGAGUUAUGUAUGAGUGCAAAGAAAUUAACUCCUGCUUUGUGUCUUGAUACAUUAUAGUAAAUUGAAAUGUAAUUUUGAUUCCAACUGUUUGAUUUUGUUAUUUCAGGGAUUAGCCCUAUAUUAAGAGAAAUAAUGUCUUUACCAUUCCUAAGGGUACCAUUCCUAAGGGACUCAUAUACUGUGGAUGACCCAGUACUGUUAUAAAGGCCUAGUUUUAAAAACCGCCUAGUUUACAGGUAUUUGAAUCAAAUUCUUUUCUAAAUUUUAAUAAUCUAUUUGACUCAAAUCAAAUUUUUGCUAAAGUACCAAUUUUUAAAUUGUACGCUUUCUCUGAGGUGCAUUGGGCAUUUGGAAAAUGUUUCUUCACUGGUGUGAGCAGCCAGCUUUACUGUUAGUUACACCAUUUGUUACCAUGUGUUCAGAAACAUUCUUCUCACGGAGAAAUGUAGGGGAAAGUAUGCUGUAAUACUCAAGUUUGUUCUGUUUCAUUUUUAAAGGAAAUAAACAUGUUCCAAAAGACAUUAUUAAAAUAAAUAUUUGAACAAAUUUCAGUUUCUAGGUUACUCUUAGCUCCAAAUAUGUAAGUAUACAUUUGAAUUGGCUUUAAGUGGUUUAAUCUAUUGGAUGAAAUUGAAAAGUCCACGUAAUUGUUGACAUUAUCACUUAUACUUAGUAGAAGACUGUAUAUUUAUGUGUUUUGGAUUCCAUAAGAAGCAAACUUGUGUAAUUUCGUCAGAAAUGUGGCACAGUUUCUCAGUGGGUGCGAACUGGCACAGCAGUGAGACCGCCUCCUGUGUCUCACUGUGUUGAGAGGCCCUGCGUGCACACACACCUUCCCAGCCUUAACCACAGCUGGUUGACGACAGACGCACUAAACCUACUGAAAGUGAGUUCUGACCUUAAACACACGUGACACGUAUGAAUAGCCAGCAGGACGUGGAGUUGGAGGAGACAUCAUGACUGAUGUUCCCUAAAAGCUGUGAUGCUCCACCCUCAAUCUAGAAGUUUUCUCUCUGAAUCCUUCCAGCCCUUCCAUCUCUUCCUCCUUAGGACUUCAUCAGCACCUCCCCCCUUGUAUUGACACCUUUCUAUGUCAACUUUUGAGGCCUCCCCAUACCUGCCAGCUUCCCCGUCUAUUGUGGCAAGUUUAAAAGUUUACAAGUAUGUUCUUUCAUUGAAAAAAACCAUUGCGGUAAGUUUAAGUAGUGAUCGGGCAAACCAUGAUUUACUAAGAGGCUAUAGGAAGCCAUUUAGCAUUUAACAAGAGUGGUUUACAACAUGAAGCAAAGCUAAUAAUGUUAUGGUUUUAUUGAGAAACAUCUGUGGUCUCUUUCUUAAACUGGUUUAGCAAUAAGAGCUUUAAAACAUAUUUCAGCUGGGGGUUCAUUGUAGGCAUUAAGUUAUCUAAAUGUUCUUCCUUAGCCCCCAUGACAGGAGGAAGAGGACCUGAGGUAGCUCUGUGUUGUGAGGCGGGGGUGGUGGUCUGAGGCAGCCUUGUUGAGUCCUGCUCUUUAAUGGAGCAAGCUUAGUUUUGCUCAUGUUUCUUCUGAAACAAACUUACCAGCAAAUGGAUUAGUCAAGGUGUUUUCCAAAGUACAACAUCCAAGGACUUGAGCCCUAUCCCUUUCUAGCCCAGAGCUCAAACUGCCUCGACUAGCUUUUUUUUUUUUUUUUCAUCCUGCUUUGAUGAUAGGUCAUUCUUUUUCGGAAGAUAUUUUGGAUAGCAGCGAAGGACUGAAGGCAGCUGCAAAAGAUUGGUUUGUUCGCAUCGAAAUGUUUACACUGAUUCCCCCUGAACAGUAGACUGUUUUGAUAUUAGGCCCUAUAUUUAAGACCAAAAACAAUGAGAAAUAUUUCUAAAUCUCAAAGAUAUAAGUACAAUACCUCUGGCUGGAAACUCGUUAAUCGUCAUCUAUAAUUUUUUUCUUUAUAUCUUUAUGUAAUUCUUUCUGUAAAUGUGCAUUAAGGUAUUUGCUACUUCUUGGUUAAUGAAGCCUAAAAAUAUAACUAUCAAUAAAAUAUGCUAUAUAUUUUUCUGUUUCUUGCUUGGUUUGCUUCUACUAUGAUUAUGUCUACUUUUUACUUAAGGAAUUUUGGCAUAGAUAAUACUCACUUGUAACUAGGAUGAGUUAUGAGAUUUUUUUGGUAAUUAGAAUUUGUAACAGUAUUAACUUUUGGACAUAGAUUUAAUUUGAAAAAGUUACUUGAAAACUUCAGUAAAUGUGAGUAGCUAUAGUGAUAUAUAUACAAUUUUUUUCUGAGAAUAUAUAACAAUAUUGUCAUAAAGAUUUUGGAAGUCUUUCAAAAUACAUUUAACAUUUUGAGAACACACCUUCUAAAGUUUAUUUCCAUAAGGCUGAAGAACUUCUAUUUACAAAAUGUUAGACUUGGUAACUUUCAAAUCAGUGUUACUCAGAUUUAUCAGCAAUUAGAAUAGCAAUUUCAUAUUCUUCAUUUUGGUUUUUGGUUGUGCUUUAUUUGAGGGGCUUAAUAAAUGUCUUUAGGUACUUCCCUUAAAAUUUUGAAAUGUUGGUAUACUUUAUUUGUGUGAGAUUUUAAAGUAUAUGCAAGUUCUAAGCAAUAAUCUGCGUGUUAUACAAGGUUGGCAUUUGUCAUGACAAUUUUAUUUAAUGUUAAUUUUAAGAAUGUGUAUAAAAUCAAUAUCCUAUAUACAUAAAUCACCCCUUCCUCCACAAUGAAAACCUUGGUAUUUUCUUGUGUUAGGACACUACUAUAAUGUGGUGCAAAUCUUUGUAUUUUGUGAAAAAAUUUAAUAAAAUCACGAUGACUUAGUGCAAAA